AUGUAUGUGGAAAAAGUGAAGAUCAUAAAUUUGAUUGACACAAAGCAACACCAGUAGUUCUGAUCCAACCAUGUCUAUUACUGCAACACAGUUGAACGCCAUUCUCUCUGCCUGUGAAUAUGAAACAGUGGAUAGCAAUCUUGCUUCCAUAGUCGUUCGCUGGACUAACGGCGCUAUUCGUGACCCUAAUGAGGCGGCCAUGUUCAUUGCGCACCUUAUCUACGAGAGUGAUGGCUUCCAGAACCAGGAAGAAAGUGACGCCGAAGAUCAGCCUUACGCUCCGUACCACGGCCGAGGAUUCAUUCAGCUGACUUGGGAAGCAAAUUACUGUGCCGCGUCCAGAGAGCUUUACGGUAACGAUUGUUUGGUUCAGAACCCGGAUUUGGUGUUAGAUGAUUUGGGCACAAGCAUGGAUGUGUCCCUCUGGUUCUGGAAACAUAAGGUGCGCCCCGCAGCGGCACCGUUCACCGACUUUUAUCAGACGACCAAGGUCAUGAAUGGAGUUGUGGAGACAAGUUCCGAACACCGGAUCGCAAAAAUACGCUACAGCCUAUAUCUCAAAGCGGCCGAAGUGUUGGGUGUUGCUAAUUUGGCAAGCGAAGGUUGAUCGAAAUCGUUCAAUGUUUUAUCUGACGACUGACAAUGUGACAAUAAGUCAAUUGGUAGUGAAAUAAAUAUGACGUGAAUCAUUUUUGAA